AAAUCAAUCAUCCAUCCACCCGCUCCUUCCUUCUUCUCUGGCACAACUACGCUCCUCCCACUUUCUUCCCCCUUCCUUUCUUCUUAUCUUUGCAGCUCAGACGAAUGCUCUUUGAUCUUCUUCGCGCGCUCUGAAACGUUUUAGUGUGGAAUCAAGUCUUGUCUCUCGAGAAGGAGCAGAAAGAAAAUGGACGGUAGAAGUUGGCCAUGGAAGAAAAAGUCUUCGGACAAAGCCACGUGUGAGAAACCAGUGGUUGGAAACGAGUCAACUAAUGUUUCUUCUUUGUCCUACUUAGCAUCUCUAGAGAACCAGGAGAAGUGCAAGAACACAAACUAUGUUCAGAUAACUAUGGAGUCAUACACUCAUUUAAGUAGAAUGGAGGAUCAGGUCAAACAUUUUGAGAGUCAAGUUAAGGAUCUUCAUGAAAAACUCACUACUGCACAAUCAGAGUUAAACACUAAAGAAGGUUUGAUUCUUCAGCAUGCCAAAGUCGCUGAAGAAGCUGUUUCAGGAUGGGAGAAGGCUGAUGCAGAGACUCUAGUACUUAGACGUCAACUCGAAUCUGUUACACUCUUAAAGCUCACUGCAGAAGACAGAGCGUCACAUUUGGAUGAUGCGUUGAAAGAAUGCACAAGGCAGAUAAGGACAGUGAAAGAUGAGAGUGAACAGAACCUGCAAGCUGUUGUUCUUGCUAAAACCAUUCACUGGGACAAGAUCAAAGCCGAGCUUGAAGGAAAGAUCGAUGAGUUAAAGCAAGGGCUUCACCGUGCAGCUUCUGACAAUGCAUCACUCACUAGAUCACUGCAAGAGCGGUCAGAGAUGAUAGUAAAGAUCAGGGAGGAAAAGUCUAAAGCUGAAGCUGAGGUUGAAAAGUUAAAGACUAAUGUUCAGUUAGCUGAGAAGGAGAUUAGUUCUCUCAAGUACGAUGUUCAUGUAGCUGCAAAGGAAGUAGAGAUCCGGAACGAGGAGAAGAACAUGAGUUUGAAGUCAGCGGAGAACGCAAACAGACAGCAUCUAGAAGGAGUGAAGAAGAUUGCAAAGCUUGAAGGCGAGUGUCAGAGGCUUAGAGGGCUUCUUAGGAAGAAACUUCCUGGUCCUGGUGCUAUGGCUCAAAUGAAGCUAGAAGUUGAAUCCUUAGGUUAUGAUCAGACUUCUGCUGAUCAUAAGUGGGAAGAGUGCAAAAGAGAGAAUGCAAACCUCACAAGACGUGCACUGGAGAUGGAGGAGGAGAUUCAGACACUUAAAGAACAACUCGCUUCUCGUAGCAAUGAGCUGCAGGUUUCUAGAAAUGUAUGCGCUAAGACUCUUGGAAAGCUUAAGGCUCUUGAAGGACAGAUGCAUAUGAGUGCUCCACCUAGUGUCACUUCGGUGUCAGAAGAUGGAUUUGAGGAAGAAGGAAGCUCCUCCGAGUGUGGUGGUGAUUCUCAAAAAGUGAGAAAAGCAAAUGUUGAUGGCUCCUCCAAGGCUAAGGUGUCUAAUAGACUGGAGUUAAUGGAUGACUUCCUUGAGAUAGAGAAACUAGCAGCAAAUGAUCCAGAGGGAUCUAACUCAGGUUCAAAGUCUUCUUGCAACAGCGCCUGCAGUAGUAUUAAGUCUAGUAAGUACAGUGAGAAGGAUGAUACAUCACUUGAUCAGGUCUUAACGGUUCUGCGUUCAAGAAUCAGUAAUGUAUUUGAAUCUCAAGAAGGCAUUAGCAUUGAGAAAAUAGUUGAAGCGGCCAGACUUUCAAUCCAAGAGAUGCAAGGAUCAUCACUCAAACAACUCUCUAGUCCUCUGUUUGAAGUUGCAGAUGAAACUCUUGAGAAGCAUGUUUUGUCAUCUCAGGAUACCAAACAGACCUUUGUUGCAGAGAGCAACAACAAGGCUACAUCGCUUGAUAAAGAUGCUGAAGAUUUAGAAUCUGAUCCACUGAGAGACACAUUUGCUAAAACUGAGGAUGAUUCAACAUGUAAGAGCUUGUUGAAAGAGGUGGUACAGUUCAAGUUGGAGAAAGAAAACAUUGCAUUAGAAUUAUCAAGAUGCUUGCAGAAUCUUGAAUGCACAAAGGCUGUGUUGGAAGAAAAAGAGCAGCUCAUAUCAGAGCUGAAGUCGCAGCUUACUUCAUCGAGAGACCUCCAAAGCUUGGCAGAAACUCAGCUCAAAUGCGUCACUGAGUCAUACAAAACGUUGGAACUCAAUGCCAAAGAAUUAGAAGCUAAAGUGAAAAGAUUAGAAGAAGAGACAGAGAGACUUGAGACGGCAUUCUCCACACAAAAGCAUAGCCAUGAGGAGACUCUAGCUAAAUGCAAAGACCUUCAAGAAAAAUUGCAAAGGAAUGAGACUUGCAGAAAGUGUUCAGCAUCCAAAAUCCAACCUAAUCAGGAGAAAGACAUAGCAUCUGCAACAGAGAAGCUUGCAGCUUGCCAAGAAACGAUUCACUUACUAAGCCAACAGCUACAAUCCUUACAACCUCAGAGCAACCACAUUCACAAAUCUCAAUCUCCUGAGAAGAAGACCUCAGAAGCAACACCAAACUCUGCACAAGAUGAUCUUCCUCAUGAUCAUAAUAACAUUCAGCCAUCUCAUUCAUUUAGACACACAGUGAAUCCAACGGUCCACGCUAUCAUCAAGUCUAGCUCGGUUUCUUCAUCUUCUAGAGAAGAUGGUGAGAAGCAUACGCGCGGAUUAGGCCGUUUCUUCUCCUCUAAACUGAAGAACAAUGGACGUUAAGAAAAGCUAGGAGAUAACAUACUCAUUAUCUGCUUGUUCGUUUUAUCUUUUUCAUCUUCCUUCUUGAUAUGUGUAUAUGUUUUAUAUGCGUUUUUAAGUGUGUGAGAAGAGACCAGUUUAGUGGAGAUAUUUUUUGUAUUAUGGCUUUUGCUCUUUGUAACAACAAGACUCAUUUUACUGAAAAAGGCUAAACUUG